CAAGGAUGUGCCCUUAAGAUGGCUGCCCGGCAGUUGCUUCCCGAGUGGACUGUAACUACCAAUCCGAGCCUGUGAUGAAUAUGAGGUGAAGAAUAUUGUGUCACUAAGUGUAAGUCUUCUCACCAAAAGAGGAAAAGAUGUGGAGUGGGCUGCUACCUCCUGGACUAAAUGAAAGUGAUGUCGAGCUGAGUUCUGAAGACGAAGCCAAAUCAGAAAACUCUGGACUUCACUUACUGGAAGCUGAAGAAGAUCAGAUGACUAGAAAAACAGAAAUCUCAGAUUUCCCCACAGAUGGACCAAAAACUGAAACAGAGGCAAAUAUAAAUGCAUAUGAAGAGUGCCCUUCCGGAAUUUCCUUACAUACGUGGAAUAAAUUUCAAGAACUGCAUAAAAAACAUUCUAAACAGAAAACCUCAGCUUCAAGAUUCAGGAGGAAAAAAAGAAAACGCUCCAGGAAAGGUAAAUUGAAGAAUGAAGAGACAUCUUGUAGUGAACAAUCCUCAAAUGAAACCCAGUGGAAGGAGCUUACUCAGUAUUUUGGAGUCAAUGAUAGGUUUGAUCUCCCUGUGAAAAAGAAAAAAAUUGACAAGUCAGGUCUUGAAAAGAGCAUAGACCAGGCUGUGGAAGAAUGGAACAUUGAGAAGGCCGAGGAUCUCAGCAACCAGUUGGCUACUCGAGAGCUUAGAGUUAAAAUUGCCAAAGCUAUUGCCUGUCACAACUUUGUAAAAGCCAAAAAGGAGGCUGAAAAUUCACAGGUUGUUCGAAAAAAGAAGAAACUUGCAUGGGGAUUUGAAGCAAAGAAGAGAUGGGAAACCAAAAGCAACAUGGGAUAUAUGUAACUUGCCAGAGUUCUUCAAGAUCUUUCUAGACUUCCAAGUGCUCAAUUUACUGAAGAGAUUUUCCAGCAUAUAUUAAAUACGUCAAGAAACUGAUAGAAGUAGAUAAACAAAGUCUAAAAUUUGGGAGUUGAUUAUCAAACAUUUUCAGUCUUUUUCUGGGGAGCUUAUCCUAUUGAAGCAGAGUUUU